UCAAUUAAUUCAUUUCCCCAUCUUAAAUUCACUCUGCAAGUCUUUAACUCGUCUCUGCCCAUUUUGCAUUCACCUUCACUCCCUUCUUUCUCUUGCAAAUGCACAUUCUUCUGGAUCGUUGUUCUUACAAACCCAACUCAUUUUUACCUUUCAAAAGGGUUUCUUGAAGCAUUUUUAUUUAGGUUUCUAGUUAUUUCUUGGAUUCUAUCUCGGUUUUCUGGAUUAAGUGGUUGAUUUCACCAAAUGGGUUCCUUUUUGAGCUAGUUUCUGAGAGAAGUUACAAAAUUUUGGUUCAAAGGCCACUUUAUCUUGAAUUUCUGACAAGUUUUAGGGUAAAGUUUGCUGCAUUUGAAGAAUGGGGAUAGCAAGUUCAAAGGCAGAGAGAUGUGAAGCUUUGCGUUUAUGCAAAGAGCGAAAGAAAUUCAUCAAGAAAGCAAUUGAUUCAAGGUAUGAUUUUGCAGCAGCCCAUCUUGCUUAUAUUCGAUCGCUUCGAAAUAUUGGAAUGGCCCUGCGUAGAUUUGCAGAGGCUGAAGUGUUGUUAGAUACAUCUUCAGCCACAGAAAUCGACAAAACCCCAACACAUUCAUCACCAUCUCCGCCACACCUCGGCGGUGGUGGUGGUGGUGGCGCCGCCGCCGCUUCAGAUGGUAGUCCCCAUCAGACUCAUGUUUCAAGAUUAAGUUACAUGAGGUCUGUUGGGACUAAUGCAGUCACCGUUAGCCUUAAUCCUUCCAAGAUUGAUAUUAGCACUAGGGUUUAUGUGGAUGAUGUUGAUUCUAUGUCCUUUUCGAUGCCGCCACCUCCUCCGCCACCGCCGGAAUCAUCAUCUUCUUGGGAUUACUUCGAUCCUGCUGAUGAUAAUGAGAGCUUUAGAUUUGUGGGUCAUGAUGGAUUUCAUGUGAACUUCAAUGAUAUGAGUGUUCGCAAACAAUUUACUGUUAAAGAUUCUAAUAUCAAUGGAGGAUCUACAACACCUCCUGAAUCUGCAAAAAAGGAUCAACAUAAUGACGAUGUUAAUGUUAAUUCGGUUGCUUUGAAUAUUGAAUCAACAGAAGAAUUCAAUAAUGUAAGUGAUUCAGCUGCUGGAGCUUUGAUCUGUAGAACUUCUGAGUCGGUUUUGAAGGAGGAAAGUUGUUUGGGUGAGGGAGAAACGGAGGAUCCUUCGGAGUUUAUAACACAUAGGGCUAAAGAUUUUCUUUCUAGCAUCAAAGAAAUCGAAAGUCGAUUCUUUCGGGCAUCUGAAUCAGGGAAAGAAGUUUCUAGAAUGCUCGAGGUAAACAAGAUCCGGGUCGGCUACUCUCAGACUAAAGGUACCUCGCCCUCAUCAACUUUGUUGUGUGUGAAUUGUUGUAACGGAAAAACCACACUCGUUUCGCAUGAACCUCCACAUGUAACGAAAGUUAUAACAUGGAAACGGUCAACAUCAUCACAUUCAUCGUCAUCACAAAACCCUCUAGCAUCAAGGUCGAAAGAUGAUAAUGAUGAUAGUGGUAGCGAUUUCAUAGAGGAGUUUUGCAUGAUUGCGGGAAGCCACUCUUCAACUCUUGAUAGACUUUAUGCAUGGGAACGGAAGCUCUAUGAUGAAGUGAAGGCAAGUGAAUCUAUCAGGAAAGAGUAUGACCGAAAGUGUGACCGACUUAGACACCAAUUUGCAAAGGAUCUCAAAACUCAUGUGAUUGAUAGAACUCGAUCUCUGGUGAAAGAUCUUCAUUCAAGGAUCAUAGUUGCAUUACAUACCGUUGAUUCCAUAUCAAAACGGAUCGAGAAAAUGAGGGACGAGGAAUUGCAACCACAACUCUUGGAACUCAUUCAAGCAUUAAACAAGAUGUGGAAGGCAAUGCUCGAAUGCCAUCAUGCACAGUAUAUAACCAUCUCGUUAGCUUACCAUUUAAAGAAACCAACAAACGGAACUCACCAAGACGAAGCAAAAAAUCAGAUUAUGAACGGGCUUCAACACGAGAUUGAAUGCUUUGGAUUAAGCUUUGCCGACAUGGUAAACAGUCAUACUUCAUAUGUUGAAUCGAUCAACGGUUGGCUCCAAAACUGCAUCAUCCAACCACCAGAGCGUGUAAAGGGUCGACGGCCAUUUUCUCCUCGAAGAGCCGUGGCCCCACCUAUUUUCGUCAUCUGUCGGGAUUGGUCGGCCGGGAUCCAGACUUUGCCAUCACAACAACUGAGCGAUGCCAUUAAAGCGUUUUUAUCUCAUCUCCAUCAGCAGCAGUCAGCCGAGGAAGUUGAUCAGAAACCGACAAUUUCGAACGAUGAUGAUACGAAGACCGAUGGCAUUGCACCGGUGAACUUAGGAUCGAUGCAUUUGAGUUUGACCAAAGUUCUCGAUGGGUUGACCAAGUUUUCUGAGGCUUCCUUGAAGAUGUAUGAAGAUAUUAAGCAGAAAAGUGAGACUGCUCAAAAUGUGUAUUCAAAUUACAGGCCACCACCCAGGGCUUAUAGUAUAUGAAAUUGUCCAAUUUGAAAGCGUUAUGGAUUUAUGAAACCUAA